GAGACGGAUGACACGAAUAGCGAUGUCCUGGGCCUGGCGUGUAUAUGCCGCUACCUCUGUGCGCACGUCUUCGAUAACUCUUUGGGCCCUGCUCUCGCCAUUCGCCAUCGCUCUCUCUCGCUCUCGCUCUCGCUCGCUCUCUCUCUCUCGUGUGGCUCCAUUCCUCAUCGUUCCAAACGGGUAACCGCGGUUCCUCGCGCAUGGAGGACUAUGUAGGACAAGGAUCUCUGAUGUAGAGAACUUUCAGUCUGCACCCUUAUAUUUUUGAAGUUCUCUUUAAAGGAUUCUAGCAUGUUGGAGCUUGUCCAGGAUCACUGAUGCGGUUUUCGACUGGAAAUGGCAUAGAUAGGAACAAAGCAAUGGUGGAGCAGUUGCAGCGCUAUGGCAUAUUUAAUUCAAAGAGAGUUGCUGAAACAAUGGAGAAAGUUGAUAGGGCUUUAUUCGUUCCUGACGGGACUCCAGCUUACGUUGACAGCCCCAUGGCAAUUGGUUACAAUGUCACCAUUUCUGCACCUCAUAUGCAUGCGAUGUGCCUUCAGUUGUUGGAGAAGAAUUUGCAGCCCGGCAUGCAUGCUCUAGAUGUUGGCUCAGGAACUGGCUAUUUGACAGCAUGCUUUGCACUGAUGGUUGGACCUGAAGGUCGAGCUGUUGGUGUGGAACACAUUCCUGAACUGGUUACUUCUUCAAUCCAGAACAUUGAAAAAAGUGAGGCAGCAGGGUUGUUGAAACAAGGCUCCCUUUCCAUCAAUGUUGGUGAUGGCAGACAAGGUUGGCCAGAGUUUGCUCCUUACGAUGCCAUACAUGUCGGGGCGGCUGCGAGAGAAAUACCACAGCCACUUAUUGACCAGUUGAAGCCGGGAGGGAGGAUGGUGAUUCCUGUCGGAAAUGUAUUUCAGGAUUUAAAAGUGGUGGACAAGAACUUGGACGGAAGCCUGAGCAUUCGGAAUGAGACUUCUGUACGUUAUGUUCCCCUCACGAGUCGAGAUGCUCAGCUACAAGGCUCUUGAGAUUACAAUUGAUUUACAGCCCUGGCAUCAUCAGGCGGUACCAAGAGAGGCUGUUGUGAUGAACUUAAUGUAUAGGUUCUGGGCCUGCCGGCCAUGUUUAUAUUGUACCCUACUAGUUUGUGGGAGGUUGUAUGGAUGUCUGUUACUCAUGGUAAUAUUGCAUCCCAUUGUUGUAGAUUUCUCAUGCAUCAAGGAUGACUGCUGCCGAGUAAUGAUAUCCUGAGUAAAUGCAGUUUGUGCUUGAUGGGCCUGGCACAAUAUUGAAGGCA